GAGCGGAAGCCAGCCAGGUUACUUGCUGAGCUUGUGCCAUUGGCAGCGCGGGCUGGCGGGACUGGCUGGCUGAGAGAUCAAGGCAGAAGACUGGGUUUCCGCAUAAAGAGAAGUAGUAGCAGCAGCAGCAGCAGCAAGCCGAGGCAAGGCAGGGAGGAGGCUUCUCCCAAGCCAAUCCUGCAAAAGAUUUGGAGAGCUGGCCAGGGCGAGGGAAGCAUACAGCCGGAGCCCCGGUCCCCUUUUUGCCUUCGCUGCUGCGCGCAGGAGGUGAGGAGGGAGGCGCGAGGCACCCAAUGGAGGCCGGGCGGAGGGAGGCAGAGCUUCUCCUCUGAGGCACCUUGGCCCGGAGCGGAGAGAGAGAGAGAGACAGGAGCCGAAGAAGAGAGAGAGACGCAGAGGGACCUCUCCGGAAGCCUCCGGGGCUUUGGAUGCUGGCGACGGGCCUCGCAGGAGGAAGCAGACCUCGCCGCCUGGAGACGAAGGGAACCUCCGCGAGCCUCUCCCUGCUCCGCUGAGCGCGAGGGGAAAGGAGGCGGCGACCAAGACGACGACGACAACGACGAGGAGGAGGUUGCAGUCGCUGCGCUGGACUCCGAGCCCAGCGCCGCCGCCGCCGCCGUCGGUGGGGGCCUCCGCAGACCUUACAGCCCCUCCGCUGCCGCUGCCGCCGCCGCCCGGAGGAGGAUGCAUUUUAGCGCCGUUACCCGGGACAUGGAAGCCAUCUCCAGCCCUUGGCUGACGCAGCUGUCCCAUUUUUGCGACGUCGCCGCUUUCACGGCCAACAGCCUGAGCAGCCUCAACGCGUCGGCGGCGGCCGCGGCCGGCUACCACCACCUCUCGCCGUCGCCGGGGGACCCGUACGGCCAGCAUGAGCCGCCGCACUACGAGCCCUGCUCGGCGCAGCAACAGCAGCAACACCCGCCGCCUCAGCCGCCACCGCCACCGGCGCCGCAGCACCACCACGCCAGCCAGCAGCAGCAGCAGCAGCUCGGCUACGCCUUCCCAGGCGGCUCCGGGGCCAACCCUCCGCCGCCGCCGCCGCCGCCGCCGCCGGGCUCCGACACCCCCGAGAGCGGCGGAGGGGGAGGCGGCGGAGGCGGAUCGGCGCCGGCCUCGGCCAAGGCGCCGGUCAAGAAGAACCCCAAAGUGGCCAACGUCAACGUGCAGCUGGAGAUGAAGGCGCUGUGGGACGAGUUCAACCAGCUGGGCACCGAGAUGAUCGUCACCAAGGCCGGCAGGAGGAUGUUCCCCACCUUCCAGGUGAAGAUUUUUGGGAUGGACCCUAUGGCAGACUACAUGCUCUUGAUGGACUUCGUACCGGUGGACGACAAGCGAUACCGAUAUGCAUUUCACAGUUCCUCCUGGCUGGUGGCUGGCAAGGCAGACCCCGCAACUCCAGGGAGAGUCCAUUAUCACCCAGAUUCCCCGGCUAGGGGAGCCCAGUGGAUGAAACAGAUUGUCUCCUUUGAUAAACUCAAGCUCACUAACAAUUUAUUGGAUGACAAUGGACAUAUCAUUUUGAACUCCAUGCACAGAUACCAGCCCCGCUUCCACGUGGUCUACGUGGAUCCUAGGAAAGACAGCGAGAAAUACGCGGAAGAGAACUAUAAGACUUUUGUCUUCGAGGAGACCCGCUUCACCGCGGUGACCGCCUACCAGAACCAUCGGAUAACCCAGCUAAAGAUUGCCAGCAACCCUUUUGCAAAAGGAUUCCGGGACUGUGAUCCAGAAGACUGGCCCAGGAAUCACCGGCCUGGAGCCCUGCCUCUCAUGAGUGCUUUUGCCAGAUCUAGAAAUCCAGUAUCUUCCCCUGUGCACCAGAAUGGGACCGAGAAAGACCAAUCCUAUGUGUGUGUACCCACAAGUAAGUCCUUCUGUGUUCAAUGGGACCUACUUCCAAAUGUGGCGGAGAGUCGUCGGGAAUACGAGAGGGACGCAGCCGGCGGGACGCCACUCCACGCAGAUCCUGCCCACCAGCAGCUCAUGUCCCGAGUGUUGAGCCCGGCGCUCCCUGUGCCCGGUGGAGGGGGUCUGGUCCCCCUCACCAGCCCGGCAGGGAGCCGGCCCAGCCCCCCACACCACGAACUGCGGCUGGAGCCAUCCACUUCGGAGCCCCUCCACCACCACCCCUACAAGCACCCGGUCUCUGCCUACGACCAUUACCUGGGGGCAAAGAGCAGGCCAGCCCCUUACCCUUUGCCCAGCAUCCGGGGACACAGUUACCACCACCAUCACCAUCACAUGAAUUCGGCGGCUGCCGCUGCAGCAGCUGCCGCUGCGGCCAACAUGUAUUCCACCGCAGGAGCUCCCACCAGCUAUGACUAUGGACCAAGAUAACCUUCGAGACGCAAGGUCCUCUAGCUUAUAUGACUGGCUAUCUGCAUGGGUUUGAACGGCUCAGUUUUCAGAAAGCACUAUCUUGUCGAAAGAACAUCCCCUUGUCUCACCUCCCCACAAAAACACAACAACCCUUCCCUGUUUCCAUGAGGGGGUCCUUUGUCUCUUGCACACGCUUUCUGCUCAUCCCUUCUUGCAACGUUGGAAUCGUCCUUCAUGACUUGGUUUCCUUCCUCGUCCCGGAGGAGGAAAUGAUCAGUCUCUUGACAUGCGUGAUGGAUGGAUGGAGGUUGGGACUUUACUCGGAGCAUUUUGCACCGCCUGCCGCCCUGCUUGGAGGGCACCACCGUUCUCGUCCCGUCCCCCGACACAGUGAUUGGCAGCUGCACUUUCCUCCCUUUGCUUUAUAAAUGAAGCCAUAUGUUGUUCUGUU